AUUAUUUUUAUUAUUAUUAUUAUUAUAAUUAUUUUUUUGCUCCAGCCGAGAGGACGCGGCUGUGAUAACGAAGAUCUUGUGUGGACAGUAAUGACCGCACGUUUCCGAUUGCCUGCUGGCAGAACCUACAAUGUCCGAGCAUCAGAGUUGGCCCGAGACAGACAGCAUACAGAGGUGGUUUGUAACAUUCUUCUUCUGGAUAACACUGUACAGGCUUUCAGAGUAAAUAAACAUGAUCAGGGACAAGUUCUGUUGGAUAUAGUCUUCAAGCAUCUUGACUUGACUGAGCGAGACUAUUUUGGUUUACAGUUGGCUGAUGAUUCCACAGAUAACCCAAGGUGGCUGGAUCCAAACAAACCAAUAAGGAAGCAGCUAAAGAAGCUGUUUUUGUUAACUUUAGGAGGAUCUCCUUACAGUUUGAACUUUAGAGUCAAAUUCUUUGUAAGUGACCCCAACAAGUUACAAGAAGAGUAUACAAGGUAUCAAUAUUUUUUGCAAAUUAAGCAAGACAUUCUUACUGGAAGAUUGCCCUGUCCUUGUAAUACUGCUGCCCUUUUAGCUUCAUUUGCUGUUCAGUCUGAACUUGGAGACUACAAUCAGUCAGAAAACUUGCCAGGCUACCUCUCAGAUUAUUCUUUCAUUCCUAAUCAACCUCAAGAUUUUGAAAAAGAAAUUGUGAAGUUACAUCAGCAACACAUUGGCUUAUCUCCUGCAGAAGCAGAAUUUAAUUACCUAAACACAGCACGUACCUUAGAACUCUACGGAGUUGAAUUCCACUAUGCAAGGGAUCAAAGUAACAAUGAAAUCAUGAUUGGAGUGAUGUCAGGAGGAAUUCUGAUUUACAAGAACAAGAUACGGAUGAAUAUCUUUCCGUGGUUGAAGAUUGUAAAAAUUUCUUUUAAAUGCAAACAAUUUUUUAUUCAACUUAGGAAAGAAUUGCAUGAAUCUAGAGAAACAUUGCUGGGGUUUAAUAUGGUGAACUACAGAGCAUGUAAAAAUUUGUGGAAAGCAUGUGUAGAACAUCACACAUUCUUCCGCCUGGAUAGACCACUUCCACCUCAAAAGAAUUUUUUUGCACAUUAUUUUACUCUGGGUUCCAAAUUCCGGUACUGUGGGAGAACUGAAGUCCAGUCAGUUCAAUAUGGCAAAGAAAAGGCAAAUAAAGACAGGAUAUUUGCGAGAUCUCCAAGUAAGCCUUUGGCACGGAAAUUAAUGGAUUGGGAAGUAGUCAGCAGAAAUUCAUUAUCUGAUGACAGGUUAGAAACACAAAGCCUCCCAUCCCGGUCUCCUCCUGGAACUCCCAAUCACCGGAAUUCUGCAUUCGCACAAGAGGGCACCCGGGUCCGACCGUCUUCAGUUGGUCAUUUGGUAGACCACAUGGUUCACACAUCCCCCAGUGAUGAUUUUGUAAAUCAGAGAUCUCCGUCGUCAACACAAGCUAAUAGCAUAGUUCUGGAAUCAUCACCAUCACAAGAGACCCCUGAAGAUGGGCAGCCUCCAGCUUUACCACCCAAACAAUCUAAGAAAAACAGUUGGAACCAAAUUCAUUUUUCCCAUUCUCAACAAGAUCUAGUCAACCAUAGUAAUGAAACCUUUGAUGUGCCCUCUUCCCCUGAAAAGUCCACUCCUAAUGGUGGCCUUCCACAUGAAAAUCUUGUUCUAAUCAAAAUGAAACCUGAUGAAAAUGGAAGGUUUGGUUUCAAUGUAAAGGGAGGAUAUGAUCAGAAGAUGCCUGUAAUUGUGUCCCGAGUAGCACCAGGAACACCUGCUGACCUAUGUGUCCCUCGAUUGAAUGAAGGGGACCAAGUGGUACUGAUUAAUGGUCGGGACAUUGCAGAACAUACCCAUGAUCAAGUAGUCUUGUUUAUUAAAGCUAGCUGUGAGAGACAUUCUGGGGAACUCGUGCUUCUAGUUCGACCUAAUGCUGUAUAUGAUGUAGUGGAAGAAAAAUUAGAAAGUGAGCCAGACUUCCAGUAUAUUCCUGAGAAAGCCCCACUAGAUAGUGUUCAUCAAGAUGACCAUUCCCUUCGGGAGUCAAUGAUCCAGCUAGCUGAGGGGCUUAUAACUGGAACAGUACUGGCACAGUUUGAUCAACUAUAUCGGAAAAAACCUGGAAUGACAAUGUCUUGUGCCAAAUUACCUCAGAACAUUUCCAAAAAUAGAUACAGAGAUAUUUCGCCUUAUGAUGCUACACGGGUCCUUUUAAAAGGUAAUGAAGACUACAUCAAUGCAAACUAUAUAAAUAUGGAAAUUCCUUCUUCAAGUAUUAUAAAUCAGUACAUUGCUUGUCAAGGGCCAUUACCACACACUUGUAAAGAUUUUUGGCAAAUGACUUGGGAACAAGGCUCCACCAUGGUGGUGAUGUUGACCACACAGGUUGAACGUGGCAGAGUUAAAUGUCACCAGUAUUGGCCAGAUCCCACAGGAAGCUCAUCCUAUGGAUGCUAUCAAGUCACCUGUCACUCUGAAGAAGGAAACCCUGCCUAUAUUUUCAGAAAGAUGACACUGUUUAACCAAGAGAAAAAUGAAAGUCGUCAACUCACUCAGAUUCAGUACACGGCCUGGCCUGACCACGGAGUGCCUGAUGAUUCCAGUGACUUUCUGGAUUUUGUUUGUCAUGUCCGAAACAAGAGGGCUGGAAAGGAAGAGCCGAUUGUUGUUCAUUGCAGUGCUGGAAUUGGAAGGACUGGGGUUCUUAUUACUAUGGAAACUGCCAUGUGUCUCAUUGAAUGCAAUCAACCAAUUUAUCCAUUGGAUAUUGUAAGAACAAUGAGAGAUCAAAGAGCCAUGAUGAUCCAAACACCCAGUCAAUACAGAUUUGUCUGUGAAGCUAUUUUGAAAGUAUAUGAAGAAGGCUUUGUUAAACCUUUAACACCACCAUCAAAUAAAUAAGAAAACAAAAAAAAUGGGAUAAGUAUUGGGAAACUAAUUUUUGUUAUAUUCGCUGUGCCAUAAUACUGCUUGCAGGCAAUGG